UACAAGGCGCGGAAUCAUAACAAACAUAUCUGUUAAAGCCUAAAAUUUUAUUAUAUGAAAACGUUUGAGACAUUUCAUAAAUCAUUGUUGGAGAAUCCAUCGCUCUUUAUUGAGCUGUAAGACUCAGAAAUGGACGGCCUACCCUUUGGAGCACCACCUAUUCUUGUGGAAAUGAAAUCCCAAGUCCAAAAUUAUUUAGAAAAUCCCCAGCUUCUUCCUAUUCAUGAUCUUGAAAUGGUCCAGCAAUACUGGAAACAUGAUGCCAACAUGAAGCAACUGUGCCAGACUGAAGUUGCUGCAACCCCGACUACCUUGUUGGUUGAGAGAGACAUCAAUACUGGAGCCUUGGCAGAAGUUGUUGAAAUUGUCACUCCUCAUGCAGGAAUGACAAACAAAACAUCAAUGUCUUUACAAAGGAUUCCAGGACCACCAAGUGAAUGGGUUCGAGGUAGUGCAAGUAAUGUGCCAUUCUGGCCUGGUGGAUUAGAGUGGAAUCCAUCGGAAACCAUGUCAGAUUUGCUUCAGAUGGAUGAACUGUUGGAGGAAUUGUGCUUCAAAAAGGAUCUAAAAACAGUUCCACCAGGAUUCAAAAAUGGAAUGAAUUUUGGCUCGAGUGAUGUCAACCUUAAUCUAGCAUCAUCUCUAAAACCAUUGAAGUCGAAACCGAACGACCAGCAAGAAGACUCUAAAUUAAUCGUCGAAUCUGACAGCACAUCUGUUAUUGACUUGGCUGAUUUGCUCAAAGAGAAGGGAUCCAUUUUCAAAUGGAUUGAAGAAGAGCCACUUCUCUCAAAGAAAAACAACUUUGCUGAAAAGAAGCCGAUUGCUAUGUCGGAGAACGAAAAUGAAAAUUUCGAUGACAUUCCAGUAGUAGACAUUUCUAAAGUACUAAGCUUGUCAGAGAAACAGAAAUUGAAGUCGACUGAUUGGGCGGAGAUAAUUGAUGUAUCGUCUUCGCUGGAAAACUUCAAUGAUCUUGUUCCGAACCCCGCGUUUACUUGGCCUUUCGAGCUCGACAGAUUUCAAAAACACGCUAUUAUUCAUCUCGAGAAAGGAGAAGAUGUGUUUAUUGCUGCUCACACUUCUGCAGGAAAAACUGUCGUAGCCGAAUACGCAAUCGCUCUAUCUCAAAAACAUAUGACGAGAGCAAUCUACACUUCACCUAUUAAAGCCUUGUCUAACCAAAAAUUCCGAGACUUUAAAACUACUUUCACCGAUGUGGGGCUUUUGACUGGUGACGUUCAGAUCAAUGCCAAAGCUACGUGCCUCAUCAUGACGACAGAAAUCCUUCGUUCUAUGCUCUAUAAUGGUUCUGACAUCAUUCGUGAUUUGGAAUGGGUUAUCUUCGACGAGGUUCAUUACAUUAAUGACAGUGAACGUGGUGUGGUUUGGGAAGAGGUGCUGAUUCUCCUUCCGUCGCAUGUCAAUAUUGUAAUGCUCAGCGCUACGGUCCCGAACACCUCAGAAUUUGCAACUUGGGUUGGUCGAACAAAAGGACGAAAGAUGUAUGUUAUCAGUACAUUGAAGCGACCUGUACCUCUUGAACACUAUCUGUAUACGGGCUUGACUGGCAAGAGCAAGGACGAACGGUUCCUUAUUGUUAACGCUGAAGGAGCUUUCGUCCCCAAAGGGUACAUGGCCGCUAUGGAAGCCAAGAAGUCUAAAGAGAAAGAUGUCAAACCAGGUGGAGCUGCAGCUGCGGCUGGUAGAGGACGUGGUGUACCAACUAAAGAAGCUGGCAGAGCCCCCGGUGGAGGAGGUGGUCACAAAGGCUGGGGGCAAGCCCAAGAGAAAAAUUUAUUGAUUGCACUUCUGGACCAUCUCAAGAAACAGGAUCAAUUGCCUGUAGUGGCAUUCACUUUUUCGCGCAAUCGUUGCGAUCAGAAUUCAUCCCUACUAACAUCGGUUGAUCUGGUAACAGCUGAGGAACGAGGACGCAUUCAUCAAUUUUUUCAAAAAUGCGUGUCUCGAUUAAAAGGAUCCGAUCAAAAACUGCCGCAGGUAACGAAUAUGCAGACUCUAUUGAAGAGAGGUAUUGGCGUCCACCACAGUGGCAUAUUACCGAUUUUGAAAGAGGUAGUAGAGAUGCUCUUCCAGGAAGGACUCGUUAAGCUUCUCUUUGCCACCGAAACAUUUGCAAUGGGCGUUAACAUGCCGGCAAGAACUGUUGUGUUUGAUACUAUCCGCAAACACGAUGGAACGGGAUUCCGUAAUUUACUUCCGGCGGAGUAUAUUCAGAUGGCUGGUCGUGCUGGACGUCGUGGUCUCGAUACAACCGGCACAGUCAUCAUUCUGUGCAAAAAUGAUGUUCCUGAAUCAAGUGAAUUGCACGCAAUGAUGUUGGGACAGCCGAUGAAGCUGUCGUCCCAAUUUCGUGUUACCUAUUCCAUGAUUCUUAACCUUUUGCGUGUCGAGCAUUUACGCGUGGAGGAUAUGAUGAAGCGAUCUUUUGGCGAAGACCAUCAGCAAUCCAAGUUGGGUAAGGUGAAGGAGCAGUUGCAAAAGCUGUACGAUCAAGUCCAAAUGAUUCCCCAGUUAGCCUGUGAUAUUUGUACUGACAUUGAUAGUUACUACAACAAUGCUUCUGCCUAUCUACGUCUAAAGGAAGAAAUGCAGGAAAGUUUAUUAUCCCAUCCUAGUAUGGUGCGCGAGAUGAACCCUGGGCGAGUUUUGAUCGUCCAACAUCAAUCACGAUGCAACAAGCUAGCCAUUCUCUUGUCUGUCGAUUCGAGAUCCAAAGAAAAACUGUACAAGAUUCUGUUGCUGGUUAGUGGAGACGGCGAAGUGGCCAACAAAAAGGACGACCUGAUCUGGACGAAGAUGCUAGGCAUCUCACAGUUAAAGAAAGGCUUGUUCUAUCCAACAUCAAGAGUCAAUCAUGCCGUUGUGCUCAUCAAAGCCAAACAAAUUUGGGAAGUGACCAGAACUCAGCUCAAAAUCGAGUCAGACAAAAUUGUCGCUGAUUGGGAUAAUCGACAAAUACCUCGUUUCCGAGACAACCCGCCUGGACCAAGUUGCUCCAUGGCUGUUCAGGAAUUAUCACGUCUUUCACAAGCUGCAUCCAUUGAAGUCAUCAAUCCACUUCAAGAUUGGAAGUGGACAAACAUGGAUCUAGUGGGAAAGAUGCAGGAACUGACAAUUCUGUUAAACAGAUUGGCGUCCGCAACCUGCACCGCCUGCUCACAGUUCGAGCAACAUUUGGAACAAACAAGUGCCUCUAUGAGCAUCCAAGAAGAGUUACAGAGGACCCAAUUCUUAUUGUCUGAAGAUAGCUUACUACAUUCAGCUGAAUACCAUUCUCGACUCGAAGUCCUAAAAGAGCUUAAUUAUGUUGAUGGCAACGGAACGUUGCAAAUGAAGGGCAAAGUGGCUUGCGAAAUGGGAAAUCACGAACUGAUAAUUACUGAGCUGGUAUUCCACAACGUCCUCACUGAACUGCAACCAGCUGAAAUUGCUGCCUUGCUUUCCUGCCUGGUAUUUCAGCAAAAGAACGCAAGUGAACCAACAAUGACCCCUGUUCUAGAAAAGGGUCGGUAUCGAAUUCGAGAGAUAGCCGAAAAGAUUGGGCGUACGCAACAGGCGUGUGGGUUAAAGGAGGCGGUCGGAGAUUUUGUGGACCAGUUUAGGUUCGAGUUGGUAGAAGUUGUUUACGAGUGGGCCAAAGGAAUGCCUUUCGCCGAGAUUAUGGGGUUGACGGAUGUCCAAGAAGGAAUGAUUGUGCGGUGUAUUCAGCGAUUAGACGAAACAUUGCGUGACGUCCGAGAUGCUGCUCGCAUCAUUGGCGAUCCGAUUCUCUACCAGAAAAUGGGAGAAGCUUCUACAGCAAUCAAACGUGACAUUGUUUUUGCGGCCAGUUUGUACACCCAAUAAAUAAAAGCAAGACAAGA